GAAGAAGAAGAAGAAGAAGAAGCUUUUUGAAGCGAUGGCGCAAGUGGUGGCGACGCGACUCAUUCACGGGUCGUUUGCAGCGAGUACUGGCUCGGGAACUCCAGAAAGCCGCGUGGAGAAGCUGAGUCCGAGUUCUGGCUUCCCGGCGAAGGUCUUGCCUCAUGCUGAGAGGAAGAGCCGCCGCCGUGGGGGUUUGCAUGUCAGCUCCCCGAUCACGGCGGUGAGAUCUGCGCGUGUCGAGCAGGAAGUCAUCCCCGUGUCUCCUGAAGACGUUCCAAAGGUUACAGAGCAGAAUCAGUAUCUGCAGGGAAUUCCACAACUUGGUGACUCAUCUGUGGGCAUGCUGCCUAAGCCUAAUGUUAGGCGGAAGACAAAGAUUGUUUGUACAAUUGGUCCUUCUACCAACACUAAGGAGAUGAUAUGGAAACUGGCGGAGGCUGGAAUGAAUGUUGCUCGUCUUAAUAUGUCUCAUGGAGACCAUGCAUCACACCAAAAGGUCAUUGAUUUGGUUAAGGAGUAUAAUUCCCAUGCAAAAGACAACGUUAUCGCCAUCAUGCUUGACACCAAGGCAAGUAUUUUGGGUCCUGAGGUAAGGAGUGGUGAUUUGCCUCAGCCAAUCAUAUUGGAAACUGGUCAAGAAUUUACUUUCACAAUCCAAAGAGGAGUUGGUACAGCAGACUCUGUUAGUGUUAACUAUGAUGAUUUUGUUAAUGAUGUGGAAGUUGGAGACAUGCUCCUCGUAGAUGGUGGCAUGAUGUCAUUAGUUGUAAAGUCAAAGACUGCAGAUUCUGUAAAAUGUGAAGUUGUUGAUGGAGGAGAGCUUAAAUCUCGCAGACAUCUUAAUGUUCGUGGGAAAAGUGCUACACUUCCAUCCAUCACUGAGAAGGAUUGGGAUGACAUAAAAUUUGGAGUGGAUAACAAAGUUGACUUCUAUGCCGUUUCCUUUGUCAAGGAUGCAGCUGUGGUUCACGAACUGAAGAACUAUCUGAAAAAUGCUGGUGCUGACAUCCACGUCAUUGUAAAAAUUGAAAGUGCAGAUUCAAUACCGAAUUUGCAUUCAAUCAUAACUGCAUCCGAUGGGGCAAUGGUUGCCAGAGGUGAUCUUGGUGCGGAGUUGCCAAUUGAGGAGGUUCCUCUAUUGCAGGAAGAAAUCAUCAGGAUAUGUCGGAGUAUGGGAAAAGCAGUGAUAGUGGCCACAAAUAUGCUAGAAAGCAUGAUAGUACAUCCGACUCCUACUCGAGCAGAAGUAUCGGAUAUUGCUAUUGCUGUGAGAGAGGGUGCUGAUGCAGUUAUGCUUUCUGGAGAAACUGCCCACGGAAAGUUUCCUCUGAAAGCUGUCAAGGUCAUGCACACAGUCUCUUUGCGGACUGAAGACACUAUUGUUGGUGCAAAAACUACUUCGAAUCUUGGACAUGCAUUCAAGAACCACAUGAGCGAGAUGUUUGCAUACCAUGCAACCAUGAUGUCCAACACGCUUGGAACAUCAAUUGUUGUCUUCACAAGGACUGGCUUCAUGGCCAUUCUGUUAAGCCAUUUCCGGCCAUCUGGAACCAUCUUUGCUUUCACAAAUGAGAAAAGAGUACAGCAGAGAUUGGCACUGUACCAAGGGGUUUGCCCCAUUCACAUGGAGUUCUCAGCUGAUGCUGAGGAUACAUUUGCCAGCGCAUUGGGUUUGUUGCAGGCAUGUUCUUCCAUCAAUGCCCUUUAA